GGCGAGGGGUGGGGUGGGGUCUGGGGGGUGGAAGGCAGGUCGUCCCUGCGCACCGCCCGGGACUUGGGAAAACCCGCCGCCUGCCUUUGCCUCAGCAAUGCUCACUGGGAGAUAAGUCGCACUCCCCACCAUCUUGAGCCGGGGUACAUUUGUAGGGAAGGCUCCCUUGGGGCAUGUAGAACUCUUCGCAGGGCUGAGGGUGUCGCGAUCCUGGGCGUGAAUCAGGUCUAACUACAGCCGGAAUAAUUACUGAUACCGUGUAACACCCCCCUUUCCCUGUGCCAUCAUGAUUCUCCUUGGCAGCAGCAUUAGCAGCCGCCUCAGGGUGAAAAUGUGGGUGAUGGGGAAGUUGGUAAUGACUCCGCUGUUUUUUCUCAUGGCUCCUUUGGGCAACAGCUGUCCGCCCUCAGUAUACACUGUAGUUGAUUGCAGGGAAACCCUGGACCUCUCCCCUUCUUUCUCUACUGAUUUUGCACUUUUCUCUUUGCUCACCACCAAGUGUAGUCAAUAACAAGCACUGACAAUACAUAGCAAUAGUGAAAUCUGAAAUAACUAAGAAUUAAUUAGGUACUACAGCCAUGGAUCUGGCUGGGUAAAAUCCAAUUGGGUAUUUCAGUUUCAUUCUCCUACCCUGUUUUGGUGUUUUGUUUUUGAUUUUGGGGGGGGGUAUUUGGAAAGCAAAGAUCAUACUUUCCCUCUCCCCGUUCCUUUUCUUAAUCCCACUUCUAAAAGGAGAAAAAUCCGAAUGGAUUUAAAGGAUUGGAUUGGUGUUAGCUGUGUUUUAUUGCACACCUAAAUCCUGAUAAUAGGCUUUUCAUUUCCCCUUAAAGCCUUUAUUUUGGCAUUCAGGCCAGAUGUGUUUUUCAGGAAGUUAGUUGAAGUAUUUUCUCCUCUUUUGUUCCUUCCUCUUUUCCUUUUUCCUGUCUGACCCCAGAUAUUAUUGUCCAAACAUGACUGGACAGCAGCUUUUGUUUCUUGACCCUGUAAUAUGACAGUCUGCUAAUAUUGCCAGAAGGUGCAGUUUUGGGGUUACAGUUGUGAUUUUAGCUAUUCAAUCAUAUUAGCAGGGAAAAAAUGACUUGUUUCUGUUGUACUUGAGUCUUAAGAAAAAGUGCCCAUAGUUUAGUGACAAUUUCCAAAGGCUUUAGUACCACCUGUAUUUCAAAAUGGGGGACCCAAACUCCCGGAAGAAACAAGCUCUGAACAGACUACGUGCUCAGCUUAGAAAGAAAAAAGAAUCUCUAGCUGACCAGUUUGACUUCAAGAUGUAUAUUGCCUUUGUGUUCAAGGAGAAGAAAAAAAAAUCAGCACUUUUUGAAGUGUCUGAAGUUAUACCAGUAAUGACAAAUAAUUAUGAAGAAAACAUCCUGAAAGGUGUGCGAGACUCCAGCUAUUCCUUGGAAAGUUCCUUAGAGCUUUUACAGAAGGAUGUGGUACAGCUCCAUGCUCCUCGAUACCAGUCUAUGAGAAGGGAUGUAAUUGGCUGUACUCAGGAGAUGGAUUUCAUUCUUUGGCCUCGGAAUGAUAUUGAGAAAAUCGUCUGUCUCCUGUUUUCUAGGUGGAAGGAAUCUGAUGAGCCUUUUAGGCCUGUUCAGGCCAAAUUUGAGUUUCAUCACGGUGACUAUGAAAAACAGUUUCUGCAUGUACUGAGCCGCAAGGACAAGACUGGAAUUGUCGUCAACAACCCUAGCCAGUCAGUGUUUCUCUUCAUUGACAGACAGCACUUGCAGACUCCAAAAAACAAAGCUACAAUCUUCAAGUUAUGCAGCAUCUGCCUCUACCUGCCACAGGAGCAGCUCACCCACUGGGCAGUGGGCACCAUAGAGGAUCACCUCCGCCCUUACAUGCCAGAAUAGUUACUAACCAGCGAAUGGAGAAGAUCAGAGAAUGCAGCAGCAGUGUUUUUUCUUGUUUUCUUACCACUUUAUUCUUUCAGAGUUUAAAGAAAAUGGACUCAUGCACAGAACACUAUGCAUUUUGAAACUUACUCAUCCUGGAUUUUUUUUAAUCAUUUGUAUCUCAGAACUUAAAAAAAUUAGAUGUCUUCUGCACGGACUGUGUGAAAGAAGAUGCUUUGCAUAUUUGCUGCACUGCAUCAGCAUCUUACUAAAAAAUGUGAAAGAAAGGACUAUUGUACACUGAAAUGCUUAAAUGUAUCUGAAAGCACAAGGUGUGAUACUCAUUAUUGAUGGUCUUCCCAUUUGUGCUGGUGUUUGCCUCUUUGACAUCUGUCAUCAGUAUUUGGAGGGUGAGAAGUGAAUGUAACAGGUAUAAAUAACAUUUUAAAAACUUAAUAGCUUUGGUGUAAUCACCGUUGUUCAGAGCACUGUCAGAUUCAUUCUAAUGACCAGAAGUGGUUGUUUAAAAAAGAAAUGACAACCAUGGGAAAGAAAUCUUAAAUGACAAAAGCAUCUCAUUGUAGGCAUUCUUGCCUCAUAUUUCACUGGGCCAUGUUUGUUUUCUUGGUACAUAAAUAUGUAUUUUUUUUCCCAGAUCUCUUUCCCCAAGUUGCUGUUAUAAAGAGUAUUCUGCUGAGUGUGGAUGCGUUUAUACAUUAAAGCCGAUAAUGGAGUCUGGAGUAGCUAAAGCAGCUAUAAAACUGAGAAAUACAUUCAUAGCUGCAGAAACUAUAAUAGGUAGAGGACUUUACUUUGGUUUUAUUUUGUUUUUUGGUGUUAAAAAGAUUUUAAUUAUAAAAUAAUUCGAGUGAAUUGUUUUGAAAUUCUGGUUUCUACACCGUCCUAAAGAUAAAGCAGAGUUUUGAAAUAGGAAAAAAGUUACUAAAAAGUUAAAUUGUAAAAAUAGCCAAUGUCAAAAGUUCUAAAAGCAGAACUCAUUUUGUGCAAUGAACAUAAGGAGAGACUACUGUAUAGUUUGUUUUGUUCCUUUUAAAUGAAGAAAAUCUUUGCUUAAAAGUUGCAUACUUUUAUUGGAGUGAAUCUGAGUGAUCCUACUCCUUUGGAGUAAAACUAGUGCUUACUGGUUUCCAAUUGUAUUUAGCUUCUGGUUGGAAUUUGAAAAAAAUGAAAACCUAAAUAAAAAUAGGUGAAAGUUCCCUGACUAUUCAGGUGAAUACACAAA